AUGGGGAGCAUUGGUGGUGUUAAGGGUGGUUCCAUGAGUGCUGGUAGUUCAAAUGGAGAGCGGAAAACCAAAGGUGUGGUUGGUCAAGGUAGUACUGAAGAAGGCUCAACAUUUUGGCAGAAAUUGAGGUUUUUUCUAGGUUGCAUGGUUUUCAGUUCAAAAGGGGAAGGAUCCUCCAGUGACAAAAACAAACAAGGAAGAAAUGUCAGAAAAGGUGGUGUUAAGAAAAAAAGGUCAAAAAGAUCCUCAUCCCCCAACGAAAGCCAGGAAUUUAUUGCAACUUCUUCCCAUCUAAGAAGGUUCACUUUUCACGAUAUUCAGCUGGCAACAAAGAACUUUGAUUCUAGGAAUUUUCUUGGUAGGGGAGGUUUUGGAACUGUGUUCAAAGGUUGGGUUGAUGAUGCAACUGGAACAAGUAUUCCAGUAGCAGUGAAGACUCUCAACCCGAAUGGACUUCAAGGUCAUAAACAAUGGCUUGCUGAAAUUAAAUAUCUGGGUGAACUUCAUCAUCCUAAUCUAGUAAGAUUGGUGGGCUAUUGCAUUGAAGAUGAUAAAAGGGUUCUCGCAUACGAGUUCAUGAGUCGAGGAAGCCUAGAGAAGUAUCUGUUCCAAAGAGGACAUUGGACUAUGCAACUCCCAUGGUCUAUGAGGAUGAAAAUUGCAAUGGAUGCUGCUAAUGGUUUGGCAUUUUUACACCAGGAAGCUUCACCAGCAGUAAUAUUCAGAGAUUUCAAAACAUCCAACAUACUAUUGGAUAAGGACUUCAACGCAAAACUUUCAGACUUUGGGCUUGCAAAAGAUGCACCGGUGGGACAUAAAAAACAUGUGUCCACUGAGGUAAUGGGAACCGAAGGCUAUAUAGCUCCUGAGUAUGUGAUGACAGGACACCUUACUUCCAAGAGUGAUGUUUAUAGCUUUGGGAUGGUUCUCCUUGAAAUGUUGACAGGAAGAAGAGCAGUGGAUCAAGUGAGGCCUGCAAAAGAGAAAAACUUGGUAGAUUGGUUGCGGCCUCGUAUUAGGAACAAAGAAAAUUUUCGUUAUGUAAUGGAUCCUAGAUUUAGAGGCCAAUAUCCAAUGAGACAAGCCUAUAGGGCAAUGAAGUUGGCCAUUCACUGUCUUCGCCAUGAUCCAAAAGCAAGACCCCUUAUGAGUGAAGUGGUUUGUGAGUUGCAGUCUUUGUUGGCUGAUGAUGAUGUUGACAUGUUUUCUGCUCCCUCAACCUCGGUUUCCCCACCUUCCAUCCCCACAACCUCACUUGGAAGAAUUCAUGUAGGUCCCUCCAACCAUGGUGGUGCUAACAAGUAUGGCCUGAGAAGUCCAGCACCAAAUAUUCCAUUGCGUUUUCAAGCCUCACCACUGGGCCAAAACAACCCUCUAACCCUACUACAAUCCUAG